UGUGCAAUUGCACGCCGUACUACUUUGACAUGGGAGAGAGCAAGCAACAAUGUGGAAUUGAACACAUACAAUGUCUCAGCAAAAUAAAAGUGCUUCAACACAACGCUCGGGAAUCGGAAGAAGAAUUUGGAUUUCUUAAAUGGAGUGCACAGGAUUUCAUGAAUUGCAGCUGCCCACACCCGUGUUCGUUUGUUGGAUACACGACAGAAAUCCGUAACUAUGCAAAGGACUUCUUGGCUUAUACAACCUUUCCACAUGCUUAUACACACAUAGAAGUACAUUACAAAGAAAGAUUUGCUAUCAGUUACCUAAGGUCCAUGAAAUACACUACACAAGAUUUAUUAGUGACAUUUGGUGGGAUGGCAAGUCUAUUUCUUGGUUGCAGUUUGGUCAGCGUGGUAGAGCUCAUUUAUGUUAUCUACAAAUCAUUAAUUAUGUUUAAACAUAGAUAUACCAAAGUCCAUACACCUUCAAAACAUGAACAGCAACUCGUUUUAUAUCGCCGCCAACGUAAUGCAUUUCAUUUUUGCAAACCUGUGUACAAGCCACCAGGCAUCACAUUACCAGAAUUCUAUGAGAAAGUCAAAUAUUAAGUAAUG